AUGGGCUCACUUCUUGCAUACUUUUUUAUUCUUCUUCUUUUUCAACCACCUGGAUCAGCAUUCGCCAAUGCCUAUGUUGCCGGUCUCAAGGAGGAGCUUAAUCUCGAAGGCAAUCAGUACAAUGUCCUUCUCUCCAUGGCCUCUGCAGGAAUGCUGAUAAACGAUAGCAAGUCCAAUGAACUCGCUAAGAGAGCGGCUACUUUUACUGUUGCUGGUCAGGUCGGCAAAAUGUUCGCCGGUGCCAUGAUGGCAGCGAUUCAUGAAUCCAUGGAUGGCUACGCUGGGCUUGCAGGAUGGCAAUGGGUGUUUUUGAUUGACGGCAUCAUAACAUUUCCAGUCGCCAUAUUUGGCUUCUUCCUUUUCCCCGACAUUCCGGAAAUCACCGAGGCAUUCUACUUGACAAAACGAGUUUUGGGUCAACCGAUCUUCUACGUUUGCUGUGUAUUUUCCGCCCUAUCUUCAGCGAUGCAAGGCUAUAUCGUACAAGGCCUCAUGCUCCUCUUUAUGAAAAGUCAUCAAAAGUCAAACUCUUUCACGCAGUCUCAAGUCAACACAUAUCCUAUCCCAACUCAUGCUAUUGGCAUUGUGGCAGAGCUAGGGGCUUCGGUGAUCAUUGACCGCUAUGACAGGCGUGUCAGCAUCGGUCUGGUCAUUUGCCUGAUUCAAAUUGCCUGCUCGAUCGUCCUCUUGGUGCCUGGGAUGUCUUUGGCCGGGAAUCUCACGGCAUUCUACCUUUCGUCAACAUCAUAUGGUAUCAACCCCCUGCUUUACAGUUGGUCGAGCAACAUUGCUGCAAGAACAGCGGAUGAUGCAGCACGAAGCGUCAUUCUUGCGUCAAUGGCAGCAAGCGAUGGUCUGCUAUGGACCUUCUGGGGCAUCGUUUUGUACCCUGCGAGUGAUGCGCCGUACUGGCGGACUGGAUACAUUGCAAUGAUUUGUGUCUGCGUCGUCCUUAGUUCAUGGCUCUUUCUUGUGCGCUGGUUGGACCGGUACACCGCUCGCAAGCAUCCGGCUCCAGUCCGGCUACUCAAUGCAGAUUCAUCCAUCAUACCUUCUUACAGCUCGAUAAACGAGAAGAAGGUUUGA